AAUCCAUCGCUCCAUCUCCAGCACCUCCGUGUGCUCCUCAGGAUUUCUUUUCCGCUGCCCCCAAACUCCUCGUGCGCCUCGCGGGACGAAGACGACAAGAGGGCGAGGGCGAGUAGGGCCGAUCACGAUCGCCAGCGCGCAGCCAUGUCGACGUCGCGGAGGCGAACGCUCCUCAAGGUCAUCGUCCUCGGCGACAGCGGGGUCGGGAAGACGUCCCUGAUGAACCAAUAUGUCCACAAAAAGUUCAGUCAGCAGUACAAAGCUACAAUUGGUGCAGAUUUUGUCACAAAGGAGGUUCUCAUCGAAGACAGGCUAGUGACUUUGCAGAUCUGGGACACGGCAGGGCAGGAGAGAUUCCAGAGUCUUGGUGUUGCAUUCUACAGAGGGGCAGAUUGUUGCGUGCUCGUCUAUGAUGUCAACUCUAACAGGUCAUUCGAUACACUCAACACAUGGCAUGAUGAGUUUCUCAACCAAGCUAGCCCAUCAGAUCCUAAAACUUUUCCCUUCAUCUUACUUGGUAACAAGAUCGAUGUAGAUGGUGGAAAAAGCAGAGUGGUUUCUGAGAAGAAAGCAAUGGAGUGGUGUGCUUCCAAAGGCAAUAUUCCUUAUUAUGAAACUUCUGCAAAAGAGGACUACAAUGUUGACAAUGCAUUCCUGUCCGUUGCCAAGCUUGCUCUAGAGCAUGAGCAUGAUCAGGACAUUUACUUCCAGGCUGUUGCUGAUCCUGUCCCGGAGAAUGAACCGAGAAGUGGAUGCGCAUGCUAGUAGUUAGUCAUCAUCCUUGUUCCUUCCAGAUUUUGCUUAUUGAUUGCGGCAUUCUUUUCGAGUGAUGCCGAGCAGGCAUUCUUUCAAGUGAUGCUGGGGCAGGCAUUCUUUUAGUUUUGGAAUGUACACUAAUGUUCCAGCCAUCCAACUUUCGCUUUUUGUAGCCAUUGUACGAUAGUUAGCGGCCAUGGCUUUUUGUACACGGUAUUACCGAGUGGUGGCCAGCCCUGUUUCUUGGUUUGGGCAAUAAGAAUGCAGAGGUGGAGAAUUUCUGGAUGGGGCCUGUGAAAGGCCAAACUCCUAGCCUCAGUUGUAUUCGUGCGGCUGUAACUUGUUGACCUCAAAUGCGUUGAGCUCUCGUUGAUGGAGGCUUAUCGCUAUUCCCUACCUUGAAUCCUUGAAUGAACGUGCGCAUUUCCAGCUGAA